GCCCAACACUUACAAAUCACCACAGCUGGACAACACAAGAAGAAAUCCACGCUAAGAAACAAAUAUAUAUUUUUGUUUAUUAUCGAAAACAAAGAACAAUCUGAACGAAAUUGACCCAAGCAAUGAAUCAAUUUCACACGCCCUCCUUCGGCGACGAAGUCUUCGAGAUGAAUGAAACGCCCCUGGAACAGACGACACAACAACAACAACAAAAUGCUUCACGUCGCAUCAGUCGACUCAGCAGUUUCGAUCAUUCCACGCUGGGUGACGAUGAGAAUGGGCACAUGGAGCAGCACUAUGAAACAAACAGCGUAUACAGUAACAGUCACAAUCUAUUGCCAACAACAGCGCAGCAACAGCAACAGCAGCUGUUACCACAACAGUCACAUCAACAGCAGCAGCAACAACAACAGACUCAGGCUCCAUCUAAACCUUUAGCUCCAUAUGCGCUCUUCUUUCGCGACACAAUGACGGCAAUUAAGCAACAGAAUCCCGCUUGUACGCUGGAGCAAAUUACAGCGAUAGCGCACAACAUGUGGGAGUCAAUCGAUGAGAAGCAGAAAAACGUCUACGAUCAGCGGCAUGAGCUGGAAAAGCGCGAAUAUAUGCGACAAGUUCGCGAUUAUCAGCGCUAUCAGCAAUUAGGCGAAACAGGGACAGCAACAACAACAGAAACAGCAACAUCAUACGAACAGUCGUCGCUACUAACCGAGGAAGAGACGCCGGCAAUUGCUGCUGUUGCUGCUGCCGCAGAGCCCAUUAACAGCAGCGGAAUACCAACGUCAACGACGCCGCCGCCAUCAGAACAAAUCCAAUUGUUAACAGAAGCGGCUGCUGUACAGAAAUGUACGCGAGAUCAAUGCAAUAAGCCGGCAAUAAUAAAUCCUGAUUGGGAGGACGAGUAUUGCAGCAAUGAAUGUGUUGUCAUUCACUGUCGCAAUGUUUUUACUGAGUGGGCGCGCUCCUUGCAGAACUCGCCCACGUAGUAAUUUUAUUUAAUAGCCGCACUUUUAGUUAUUAACUAAAGUAUUUAGCCAAACAAUCGAAAUCGUUAAUCGCGAGUGUUGUCAAUCAGCUGAUUUCAGCGCAGCGUUGCCAGUUAAUUUAUUGAAAGACUGGAAUAUGGAAUCUGAAACAUGGCGCGCAUUCAAAUUUGUUUUGUAUAUUGUUUUUCUUCCGUUUCGUUCAACAUGCUAGUAUUAUGCAUUUAUCAAUAAUAAAAAUUGAGAAAGAAA